UGCAACCUUCAAACCAAGCCUAUUACAUAUUUAUUCAUUGAUCCUAUAUGUAAAAAAAAAUAAGCCAGCCACACAACAGUAACGGAGAGUUGACCUCCAUACAGGUAACUAAAGGUCAUGUUAAAACACUGCCUUCACUGCCAAUUCACUUUAGACGAACAAUAUCAAUAAUAUCAAAACUAGCCACUCACAUUUAAAUACGUUUAAAUAUGCAUGAGAGCUCAAUCGACCUAUCAGCAGGAGGGAAAAUGCCCCUGCAUACAGAUAUUGAUCACAUGAGAUUAAUUAAUAACCAAAUGGUCGACCGUGUCCUUAUAAAACCCAAGACCUUUAGUGGCUCUUUGUCCAGUCACAGAGACAGAGGAGGGGCUGCCAGUCAUCACACAGCUGGUGAAGCAACAGAACAACAUGAAUAUAAGACUAAUUCCUGUGUUUUUUGUCCUGUUCGCUGCUUGUGUCCCCGCUCUCUGUAGCAGAGACGAGGCUACCGCCCCAGUGCCUGGGGCUGAGACCCGGUCUCGCUUUGCUGCUCUGGAUGAUGUGCGUCUCCUGGCAAACGGCCUCCUCCAGCUGGGCCAGAGCCUGCGGGAGUUUGUGCAGAAGACGAAGGGACAGAUCAACGACAUCCUGCAGAAGCUCAACAUCUUCAACCACUCGUUCUACCAGCUGUCAGUGCUCGCCAGUGAAAUCAAGGAGGAGGGCGAGGAGCUGAAGAAGACCACCGUGGUGCUGAAGGCCAACAAUGAGGAGAUCAAAGGUCUGUCUGCUGAGAUCAACUCCAAGGUGGACAACAUCCUGCAGGAGAAGAGUCAACUACAGAGCAAAGUAGAAGGUCUGGAGAAGAAGCUGAGCAGCCUCUCGCAGGGUCUGGUGUCCAGUGAACAAGUAGCAGAGAUCAAUGGCCUGAGGGCUGUGAUCCACAGUCAGGAGCAGAGCAUCACUGAGCUGCUGAAGGCUGUGAGGGAACAGAGCAACCAGAUCAACUACCAGAAGACCAAGAUCAAGACUCUGGAGGAAAAGCUUACAGUGGACACAUCAGCCCAGGAGACCAUCGAGAGGACGCCUGAGGUCUUCAGCAGUGAACCUCCAACACUUAAGCCUUUUCAGACCUCAGACUCCUCCAACACCACGGAAAUGAAUCUGCCGUCAGACUGCAGUGAGAUGUUUAUCAGAGGGGAGCGAGCGAGUGGUGUCUACGUCAUCAGACCCAACGGAUCAGAGCCCUUCAUGGCCUAUUGUGACAUGAGCAAAGAUUAUGGGGCAACAGUCAUCCAGAGACGCAAGGAUGGCUCUGUAAAUUUUGAUCAAACAUGGGAGAAGUAUGAACAUGGCUUUGGAGAUUUUCAAGGAGAGUUUUGGCUGGGUCUCAGGAAGGUCCACUCUCUCACCGCUCGGAGCGACUCUGUCCUUCACAUCCAGCUGGAAGACUGGAAGAACUGCAACUACUUCAUCGAGUAUAGAUUUGACCUCGAUGGUCCAGGGAGCAACUACACCAUUAACAUCACACAUCUGUCUGGAGAUUUGCCCGACGCCAUGAGCAACCACACAGGCGUGAUGUUCUCGACCAAGGACAGGGACAAUGACAAGCACAUGGACGCCAACUGUGCCCACAGCCACACGGGUGGAUGGUGGUUCAGCGCCUGUGGAGACACCAACUUGAAUGGCAAAUACUUCCUCAUCAGACCAAAGGGACAUUCACAGCGCAGGAGAGGAGUUCAAUGGAAGUCUCCCAGGAAAGCGUCCUACUCCUUCAAGCUUACUCAGAUCUCAGUCCACCGCAUGGCUCCAGUCUCAGCCUCUUCUGCUUCAUCCCAUGCAGAUGUCUUUCUUUGAUCCAUUUCAGCACCAGCGGACUACGGUGAAGAACUUAGAACAAGCAGCAAAGAGUGUCCUCUGCAGGAGAGCCUUAGCAGUGCUUCUUGUGCGCAGCCACAGGUUUGGAGGCUGGAGAAAAGAAAGAUGAUGAUUCGCUAACAGAAUCAAUGUAGAAAACCAUGAAUUUCACUCACACAGUGGCAUUAAAUGCUAUGUAUCUUUGCUCAGUCACAAUAUCUCACACGUCAAAUGGUAUAGAGAAGGAACAAAAACUGAAAGCCAUGCGUUUAUGUGCAGUUUUCAUAUCGGGUCACAUUGACUCACAGUUGUGCAGUGGUUCCAACCACAGCAGGGUGUCAUCCGCUGAGGGAUACAUCUAAAGGCUCGAUGAGCGAAACAUGAAAGACUCCAUAACUCAGAUUCUUCUUUGAAAUGUUGGACACAUGCACCCUGAUUCAAAUCUGAAAUGUCAGUACGUGGAUCUGCUUAUGGUUGAACUACUGCAAUGGAAACAUGGUCCCAGACACACAUCGUUUACUUCUAAGGGGACAAAGUCAACAAAACCAAGGGCCCAUGGUUAGAAGUAACAGUCAACUUUGCUUUACAUGCUCGAUUUUUCAUAUAUUUGCUGCAUUUUAUUUAACUUUUAGGAUACUGACCUCUUAUAAUGCUAAUAUUCAUUUCUGUACAUAUUUUUGAUUAGAAAUAAUAACAUGUUUUACCUUGAUCACUUGACCAUCACUUUGCCAGACUAACAAAAUAUUUGAUUUGUUGUCAUGGGCUUUGAUUUGUUAGUAGCCCUUGCACCUUUGAGCCACAGGAUGCUCUUUCAGUGUCAACAGAGAUCAAUCACCUUUGUUUUGAGUCUUGUAAAUAAAUGACAAACACUUGUUCAUGCUAUUUCCACAUACUAAAACUUUUUGUAUUUUGCCCUGGGAGGUUAAGAAACUGUUGAAUCCUGUGUUAGAAGUUGCCCUGACUAAACACUAGAGGGCAGAGUGGUUCCAUGUACAGAUACCUUCUACUCAGAUUUGAUUGUGCUGCUUAUAUAAACAGGUUCUCC